AUGGUCCUUGGAUACCUACCCUGUACCAGGCAUGACCAAGGUCUAGUGAUCCUCCACUGUGUUGUGGCAGAUGGGAAUUCAACCCGAAGUCCUGAAAAGGAUGGCCUUCUCUGUGGAGACCCUGGGGAAAACUGUGCAGCCACCACCACACAAUCGAAGCGGAGAGGCCACUUUUCUCGGUGCCCCAAGCAAUACAAGCACUACUGCAUCAAAGGGAGAUGUCGCUUCGUGGUGGCCGAGCAGACGCCCUCCUGCGUCUGCGAUGAAGGCUACACUGGGGCAAGAUGUGAGAGAGUUGACUUGUUUUACCUCAGAGGAGAUAGAGGGCAGAUUUUGGUGAUUUGUUUGAUAGUAGUUAUGGUGAUUUUUAUCAUCUUGGUGGUCGGUGUCUGCACAUGCUGUCACCCUCUUCGGAAGCGUCGUAAAAGAAGGAAGAAGGAAGAAGAAAUGGAAACUCUUGGUAAAGAGAUAACUCCAAUAAAUGAAGAUAUUCAAGAAACUAGUAUUGCUUAAUGGCCAUGAAGUUUUCUCCAGGCUGGUGGCAAACUGCAAAUUGUCUUGCUCAUUUGAAAAUGGACAGAACGUGUCUCAGGAAA